AUGUCGUCAGAACCUGAUUCGACAUCAGAAACAAGAAAAUUGCGAGAAGUGUAUCCAGCAAUAGAACCCUAUAAUACUGGAAUGCUGAAAGUAUCGGAAAUUCAUACUCUGUACUAUGAAGAAGUCGGAAAUCCUGCUGGUAAACCGAUUGUAUUUGUACAUGGAGGACCAGGUGGUGGAACAGAUUCACGUGAUCGACAAUUUUUUGAUCCACAAGCAUAUAGAAUUAUUCUAUAUCAUCAACGUGGUGCUGGUAAUUCGACACCCAGUGCAUGUUUAGAACAAAAUACAACGUGGGACUUGGUCGAUGAUUUAGAGAAACUACGUAAUCAUUUUAAUAUUGAACAAUGGGUUGUAUUUGGUGGUAGCUGGGGGUCCACAUUAGCUUUGUCUUAUGCCGAAACACAUCCGGAUCGGGUUAAAGGAUUAAUUUUGCGUGGUAUAUUCUGUUGUCGUCGUAAGGAACUAUUGUGGUUUUAUCAGGACGGUGCUUCAAUGAUAUUUCCUGAUGCAUGGGAUAAAUUUUUAGAGCCCAUACCCAGUGUGGAGCAUGGUGACUUAAUGUCAGCAUAUCAUCGUCGUUUAACUGGUACAGACGAACAGGAAAAGUUAAAAGUUGCCACCGCAUGGUCUGUGUGGGAGUUAGCAACAUCACGUUUAUAUAUUGAUCCAUCAUAUAUAGCUCAUGCAACAGAUGAUGCCAAAUUUGCUGUUGCUUUUGCUCGUAUUGAAACACAUUAUUUUGUAAAUGGAGCAUUUAUGAAAGAAGAUGGUCAAUUGAUUAAAAAUGCUGAUAAAAUAAAAGAUAUACCUGGUGUCAUUGUUCAAGGUCGAUAUGAUGUCGUUUGUCCAGCUUAUACGGCUUGGGAUUUACAUAAGGCAUGGCCAAAAGCGGAAUUUCAUUGGGUGGACGAUGCUGGACAUUCAUCUAAAGAAGUUGGAAUAGUUCAUGAAUUAAUCACUGCAACAGACAAAUUUCGAGAAUUAUAA